CGCAUGCGCGCUGUUCCGCGCGGCUCCCUCGCGGCUACAGCUCCGGCGGCGGCGCCUUCGUCUCCUCAGCCGCAGCCGGGUGGGGAGGGGCCCGGCGAGAGGGGCAGCGGCGCGGCGGCAGAUCCCUCACCACUUUUCUAAGGAUUUGAUUGAUUAUGUGCCAUCAAGAUGAUGUUAACUUUUAGCAACGGCAUAGAUAGAUUUUCUCCACGAGGAUCUGUCCCCAGGCUGGUCCUUCAGAUCUUCCACAGCGUCCCCAUUGCCACUAUUGUCUACUUCUACAAAUCAGCUAUGAUACACAAUUUUAGUGGAAAGACAAGUUAACUCACAGUAUGUGUACAUUGAUGGUGCAUCUCAAAGAAUGCCCUGCAUGAAUUUUCCUCAGAAUCCUUUACAAGGCGCGCAGGUUCCAUGGCAAAUGCACAAGAGCUCUGUAGUAGGCAAAGGAUGUACUCAUGGCAGGAGGAUUGCAGGCUGCUGGGCUAAACAAAUUUGGGGCCAAAACAGAAGUCUUGAACCAAACAAGAAGAGCCCCGUGGAUCAGAUAAAAAGAACUCAUCGUUUUGCCUCCUAUAAUGGCUAACUAUUUACAAGCUGUCUUUCUUGAGGAUCUGAGAAUAACAUACUGUGUCCUCUGUGUGUGUGUGUAUUUGGAUGGCUACUCCAAUACUGUCUAAGGCACAUAAUGGAGAAGUAACAAGCGGAAUUUACUUUUUCUGGAGUAAUAAACUUUGGACUUUAAAAAUGUGGACCUUGACAUGUCCUAGAAGUGAGAGUUUGCCAAACAAGGACUUCCUCUGAUCCAUGAAGCAGCUUGAAUUUAACGUGCCAUUGGAAAAUGUGGCAGGAAAUACAGAGAUUCCGCAAACUGGAUCUGAAAAAUUAUGAAAGCAAAGUGUGUGUGUGUUUUUUCAGGCUGCAGUCAUAAACCCACCAAUGGAUUACACGUGGUUGCAAACACCUGAUCGCUGUUCCAUUCCAGCUGUGAUGCAAGGCUGUCAGCUAUUGCAGUUAAGAUCUCACUGACGGCUGUCUGGAGUGUUUGGGACCUGUGAAUGCUGCACUUUCAAGAACAUCUUCCAUGGACAAGGGAACAUCCCUCUCGUGGCAGAUGGGAUCCAGAGGCUUGGAAUGAUAUUGGCUACAAGUUUCAUGAAAGAACCAGAGCGGGCUCUUGUGACCCAGGGGCAACAGCUCUAGUUUUGCAAGGUGCCAGCUUUUCCUCCAAUGCAGAUCAAGAGAAGGAGCACAUCUCAAUCUUGCAAAGAGACGUUUUGUACUCUUGAAAACUCAAACAAGCCUUAUCUGUCCAGCGUUGGGAGAGCUGUUUCCUGGCACAGUUCUCCCUGCUCUUCCGGUGGCUUGUGCAGUGACCCAUUGUGUAACCAACUCACCCCUAGUCAGCCUUCCCAGUUUCUAUUUGUGCUGUGGCCUCUUUCCAGAGUAGAUCAUGGGGGUUCUCGGCGACUCCAAGCCCACUGGAGGAAGGGUGUGAAUUCUGAAAUGGCCACUGUGAUAGGCCAGAGACCUGCUGCCCACUCGAAGUUGCUGUUGAUUGACAGAGGAACUGACUGACUGCUCUGGGCAGCUUCCUUCUGCCUGUCUCGGGAACUCACCGGGCACUGGCCUGGCCCGCCCUCUCACCUUCAUCAUGUUUCUACUGCUGCCCUUUGACAGUUUGGUGGUUAACCUGCUGGGGAUUUCCCUGACGGUCCUCUUCACUUUGCUUUUGGUUUUCAUCAUUGUGCCAGCCAUCUUUGGAGUUUCCUUUGGCAUCCGCCGUCUCUACAUGAAAAGUUUGCUACAGAUUUUCCAGUGGGCAACAUUAAGAAUUCAGCGGGGCGCCAAAGAGAAGAAACAUCCCGUUUAUAAGCCCUUUGUCAAUGGAAUCAUUGCCAAAGAGCCCACAUCAUUGGAAGAGGAGAUCAAGGAGAUCCGUAGGAGUGCUAGCAACAAGGCCCUGGAUGCUUCUGAGUUUGAGCUCUCUGACAUCUUUUACUUCUGUCGCAAGGGCGUCGAGAGCAUCAUGGACGAUGAGGUGACCAAGCGUUUCUCAGCAGAAGAGCUGGAGUCCUGGAACUUGCUGAGCAGGACCAACUACAACUUCCACUACAUCAGUCUGCGCCUCACAAUACUGUGGGGGGUGGGCUUCCUCAUCCGCUACUGCUUCUUAUUGCCACUCAGGGUUGCCCUGGCUUUCACUGGCAUUAGCCUUUUGGUGACAGGCACUACCAUGUUGGGCUACUUACCCAAUGGGAGGUGCAAAGAAUUCCUCAGCAAACACGUACACCUGAUGUGCUAUCGGAUCUGUGUACGAGCUCUUACAGCUAUCAUCACUUAUCAUCACCGGGAAAACAGGCCCCGCAAUGGAGGAAUCUGUGUGGCUAACCACACAUCUCCAAUUGAUGUCAUAAUUCUGGCCAGUGAUGGCUACUAUGCAAUGGUGGGCCAAAUCCAUGGAGGGCUCAUGGGUGUCAUACAGAGGGCCAUGGUGAAGGCUUGUCCUCAUGUCUGGUUUGAGCGUUCUGAAGUCAAGGAUCGCCAUCUAGUGGCUAGACGGCUAUCAGAACAUGCUCAUGAUAAAAAUAAACUGCCCAUCCUUAUUUUCCCUGAAGGCACUUGUAUCAACAACACUUCUGUGAUGAUGUUCAAAAAAGGGAGUUUUGAGAUUGAUGCUACAGUUUAUCCUGUUGCCAUCAAGUAUGACCCCCAAUUUGGAGAUGCCUUUUUUAACAGCAGCAAAUAUGGCAUGGUGACCUACCUGCUCAGGAUGAUGACUAGCUGGGCAAUUGUCUGCAGCGUCUGGUACUUGCCUCCAAUGACCAGAGAGCCUGAUGAAGAUGCGGUGCAGUUUGCCAACCGGGUGAAAUCUGCCAUUGCUAGACAGGGAGGCCUGGUGGAUCUCUUAUGGGAUGGGGGCCUGAAGAGGGAAAAGGUGAAGGACACCUUCAAGGAAGAGCAGCAGAAGCUCUACAGCAAGAUGGUUGUGGGCAAUCACGAGGACCGAAGCCGCUCCUGAGCUCCCGGAGCUGGGAGGUGGGGGUCUAUUACAGCCUUGACUGCCUAAGAACACUUUCCAGCCCUUGGGCUCCCAGAUGACCUGAAGCAACAGCAGCCACCGCCUUUCAAGCUCUGGGGGUUCCUAAUUCACCAGCCACCCCCGCCCCCCAUGGUGCUGCUGCCUUGCACCCAAGGGAAAGAGACCUUGUCGUAAUUUCUCCAGCUCAGCCCCGGCAGCAGCAGCUGAGGACAUUGGCCAUCGAAGGCGAAGGCAGUGCAGGUCAUCUUUUGCGGGAAUCGGCUGAAGUCUGGCUGUGUCCCCGCGCGGAUGAACGCCAAGUUGCAGCACACCUGGACAGACGGAGCCUCUGCUGGUGCUGAGAGAUCCCCUCCCCCACGUCCUGUUGGAAGUGGCUCUGUCAGGGCCCCAGCGGAAGGGCCAGGGCCUCCUUGCACCUUCUUCCCUCGCUCCCGCCUCCCCUUUCAAGAACACAAAAGCUGUGUGCAGCAGCUGCAUGGGUCCCCUCUGCAUUUUAUAUUAAAUAAUAUUGAAGGAGGCAGUCUUGUGUCGAGCAUGGCUUCUUGCCUUUGCAGCGCUUUCACUGUGGGCGCUAAAGGGGGAAGAGGCUUCCCUAGAAACGCGUCUGAGUUCGUCCCACCCCUUUGCUCCCCUGCAUUUUUCCUUUUGACAAGAAGGAUGGGGCAUAGCUUGGCCGAAGUGGCUGGGUACAGGGGUGGCCUGAGAAACAAGGUAGGGAGUUGGUGAAUUUGUAUGUAAUUAGGUGGCUCCCUGUGGGAGACCGAUUUGACCCAUAAAGAACUCAGUAGUUUGGAAACUUGGCCCACCAUCAGCAGAUUCCGCGAAUAACUGUGGGCUGAAUUACACAGACAUGAAUCCCCACCCCCUCCAGCUUCCAGACCUCCCAAGUAAUCCAUGCUAAGUUUCAGCUGUAAAGAAGGGCAACAUUUAGCACUUGCUGAGUCAGGCAGAAAGUUCAGUUGCCGAGGUCAGUGGCCCUGAAUACAGGAAGCCUGACGGCUGGAGGCACAGCCCUUUAAAAAUCUAUAUUCAGAAGCAUUUUUAUGUUAUUUAUUUCAGAAAUGCCAUCUACCCCUUGCUUUUCCUCCGAACCCUGGCGUUUUGCUUCGCUUCUCUUGUGUUUCGGUCCCUUGUGUGGCAUUGCUCCUUGUUACCUCAGCAUACCCAUUGCUUCUGGCACGCACGUGAAGAUCAAGAAGGCACAUGGUGUGGGGUACCUGCUUCCGUUUUUUCCCUGAGAUCCUUAACACCCUUUUCCCAAGCCCAUGUUCCUCGCCCACCAUGGUUCCUGGACUAGAUAAAAUCAACACCUUCUGAAAGUCAUGAGUGAGAGGGAUAAGCCAGUCUUCUGUCCCUCUUCAGUUGUGCCCUUGGGUGGGACCUGCAAGCUCUGUUAAGGGACUGCAGCAGUUCAGGAGCAAAACAGCCACCCUAGAUUGACUAGGACCAAUGUAGUGAGAGAUGGUCUAUGUGGACUGAUCCUAGGUUUUAGGAUUUCAGAAAGAGGUCCCUGCCAGCUUUAGCUCACACUGGAAUUCCCGGCUUUGAGACUAGGGUGCUCUGUAUACAAGGAGGUGCUCCUAACCCCUAGAUGGCAGUCUCAUUAGUCUUGCCCCAUGAUCAUCUCAGCAGCUCAAAUUAGAAACCAGUUCAUCCUUGGAGCAAGUAAUGAGGUAGAUACAUUACCAACAGAUACAUAGAUAAGGUGUGUUUUGGAGGAGGGAAUAUAUAUUCUGUGUGAAGCAUUCAAAAGAAGCAACACGCAGGAGCCUACCUUUGAAUUGUUAAAGCAGCUGCAUCUUUUGUACAAUUCCAUCCAAACCUGCUUUUUCCACAGUCCUAAUGAACAAACAUGGGUAAUCUCUGUCAAGCAUACACACCCCUAUAUUAAUAAUGUAUGCCCAGAAGUGUGCAAAAAGACACUGUACGAAAUGUCCCCUUUAAAUACGUUGAGCUGCAACUCCCAUCACUCCCAAGCCAGCAUGAUGACCUAAGGCCAUGUUAACCAGAGGUGAUGAGAGUGGUUCUCAGACUUUAGGAAGGAUCUAAUGGGAAGAGUCUGCCCUAAGACAUUGGUCAUGAAGAAAAGACUUACCACUUUG